UCGUGUAGUGAGCCGGUCCCUCCCUGCAGAGCGGAGGAGAGUGGAGCUGAAGGUCACACCAGGAGCAUCCUCAUCACCGCGGAUACCUCCGUGUAUUAAAAAUCACAUCAAUGGACGAUUAACCGACCUGAUCCAUCGGCAGCACGCGGAGGAGAGCUUCAUUAUGUAAGAGAAGAGGACGUGGAUCCAGCUGCUGUAUCCCCGCCUGUCUCACUGCUGCAUCCCUGCCUGCCUGCCUGCCCGCCUGUCUUUCUGACUGACCGAUUCUCCACCAGCAGCCUCCAGCUCCUCCACCUGUCUCUCCCCCCUCUGCUCCUCCACCUGUCUCUUGAUUUUUCUCCGCUUGUCUCCCUCUCCGUCUCGCCGUCAUGGGGAACCGGGGGAUGGAGGAGCUCAUCCCGCUGGUGAACAAGCUCCAGGAUGCCUUCAGCUCCAUCGGGCAGAAUGCGAGCCUCGACCUGCCGCAGAUCGCGGUGGUGGGCGGGCAGAGCGCUGGGAAGAGCUCGGUGCUGGAGAACUUCGUGGGAAAGUAAGUCCAUCUAUCUGUCUGUCUGUGUGUCCAUCUGUCCGUGCGUCCGAACCGAACCGGACCGGACCGUGACUCCUGCCCUCCUGUAGGUCAGUGUAAUCCGCUGUCAGAGGGAGCCGCCCGGCCCACUGCAGGCCUGCUCUCCAGCUGAAUACAUUUAACAGCUUAAUUUGAUAAUAGCCUUAAGUGUCAAAAUCAGCAAGAUACAAACACCUUAAGAAUAUCCUGAAAGACACAGAUGUCAUAGCCAGUGAUAUUACAGUAAAUAAAGCAGAUUAAACCUCUCCAUUAAUUAAAGUCCCUUUGAAUCUUUGUAAUGGUCUUAAAUUUAGGGUUGUUUUUGAGACACAUCCACCUUCACCAGCCUGAUCUGUCCUGCUGCAGAGGAUGACUGAGAAAUGUCAGACUGCUGACUGGACUGUGUGUGUUUUUCAGAUCGGAUGUCAUCCUCUGUGGUUCAUCAGAGCCCUCUUAAAAACAUAUAUUUCACUUUAGAUUUUUGUUUUGUUUAUGGAUGACAAAACUAAAAAAACAUGAAAAACAGAUCCCUUUUUGGAUCUGCAAGAAAUCUGUCGAUCUGAGGCACAAAUUGUUUGCUUAGCAUCAAAAUAUACAUGUGAACAUUUAUGUAAAGACAUUUCUGUGCAGUUUUUUCUUUCCCGAACCAACUCAGAUACUUGAAUUCUCAUAAUUGCUCAUACAGAGCUUUAAAAUAAUACUGACGCAAAAAAAUACAUAUAUUUUUUAACCUUGUUAAGAAGCCCUGGAGCUACCCUUGAAACCAAAGCAUGCACACACACUGAACACAUCAUCCUCUUACUGUUAGGGAUUUACGGUGUAAAAACAUUGCCAAAUGGCUGACAGUUUGUGGAUCUGGCUAACCUCAAAUUAUCUAGCAGCACCGCUCUGCUGUUGUUUGCUGUAAACACAUGAGAAACUGAUGCUUGAGGACAGCUGCGGUGGCCAUGAUAAAUCCACAGUGGAAACACUGCACAGGUCAGUCUGUGGGUCACUGUGUUGAAGCUGUGAAAGGAUAUAUUUUCAGACAAACACACUCCCUUUUUUGUAAAUUGUUAUGAGUUAUAGCGUCAGAUUGGUGUACUAAUGGAAGUUUUUAAGGGUGAUUUUGAGGCACCACUGAUCUUGUUAGCAGAGAUUCAAUUAUCCACUCUAUUUAUGUAUAAUCUGACUUUGUAUGAGCGCUAACCUAACACGAUCAAAUACAUACAGAGGAUUUCUUAUCCAGCCUGACUGUCGGCCACAGUGAAAGAAGUGGUAUGAUGCAUUUAUAUUUGAAAAACAAGUAUUAAAUAAAGAUGUUGGAUGGCAAAACUAAACAUGCAGACAAAGUUCCAGAUUGUGAGGUUAAUGUGUGUUGGUGUAAUCCCAGGAUAAGACUGCAGGCUGCUCUGACCAGUUUGUUAAAAGAAAAAAUCGUGAAAAGGGGAUAAAGAGAAAGUCAUGAAAAGAGCAAAAAAGAGCAAAACAAAGACCCAACACUUAACAAGCAGUGUUUUGGUUGCUGGGGCCAUCUUUGUGUCAUUGCAACAGUGAAGGAGGCUACUAGAGUGUUGGGUUUCAGAGUGCUAUAGAAAUCAUGUACAGCAACAACAAAACUCACAAAAGGACCAAUAUAAAACCUGUAAAUGAGCAUAAUACCCCCUUUUAAAUAUGGAUCCAGCAGUUAACUGGUUUCACCAUUCACACACUUUGAAAUGUAAUGCUUAAUUCAGUACAAAGGCCUCACUUCACCUGUGCAAAACCAACACAAAGUGGCACCAAGGUUAAAUGUGUUGUGCUUAUCAAGAGUUGUGGAAGUUAUGCUACAUUAGCUUCAGGAUGUUGCAGUGGUACCAAGCAGCAAAGUUAUGGAUCCACCAAGGGGUCUUUAGGGAAAUGUAGCAUUUCAGGUACACCAAACGUGACCUAUGUAGUUUUUGUGAAACUGUGUGUCGUUUAUUGUAUCACACAAACACAUACUCACACAGACACACAGUUAAAUGAUUGAAUUUGGUCAGAACUCAAAUGAAGAAGGACUCUCAACACUUCAGUCAAAAUUUUUAUAUAACAACUAAACUUUUACAAAAUAGGGGCACUAAAACAGAUCCAUCAUGGAGGGCAUUUUACCAUUUUUGACCACCGGCUGGACAACCGUGAGGGCCUUUUUCCACAGAAAAGGCACCAGAGGGCAUGUUGUUAUGUUUUAUCUACAACACCAAGGCACUGUCCCCCUUGGCGCCUUCAUGUUGGUACAAAGAUCCAUUUUUCACACCAUGUAGAUGCAGUAACUUGGGGCUCAACCUUUCCAUCAACUACCCUAAGAUUAACUGCUACCAAUUUAGUGAUGGAAAAUUUGGGUUUAUUUUAGAUUUGGUGGGAAAAUGUUACAAAUACUGUGUAAAAUGUGGAGAGUAGAAGAAAGACAGAGAAACUAUGAGUUGUGGCAUAUACAGGAGGCAAAGGUAAAAUUGGCUUCAUGGUGUAAAGACAUCGGGAUUAACUGGUAUGCCGAAUUUGCCUGUAGGUGUCUGUAUGUAUUAGCCCUGUGAUUGGCUGGUAACAUACCCAGUUCCACUUUUGCCUUAUGUCAGGUGGGAAAUGCUCCAGCCCUCAGUAGGAUGGUCAGAAUAAUAAGUUGAUGGACUAGCAUCAUAGUGAAAUGAUAAAAACGGAUUUAUUAUAUUCUGGAUUUAUAUAAACAAAUCUUUGCAGAGGAAAUGCAGAAGGCUUUGUGCAUUGUGCUCUCUGGAAAGCUGAAGCUGUAUUUACCUGCUGAGGAUAAAGUAGCUGGCAGACAGAGUGAAAAAUGAGCUAGAAAGACAUCAUUUAGAUGUCAGUCUGCCCACAAAGAGGCAAUGGAGACAAAAAGAGAAGUUGAACAUAAAUAUUACUGUAACAUGUGAGACCUUCCCUCCAGUCUGAGCCUCCAUGACUGCUGGGUCAAGAAGUGAACAGCUAUUUACUAACACACAUAAUACAUCUUGAGCCAAUGAGCUGUUUUAAACAUGGUAAUGUGACACCACUAACUAGUUUCUAAAGAGAUGUUUUGAAGCCCAGUGAUGGAGGGAGUUACUCUGGAAAGGCCCAGACUUACUUUUGAUUGGCUGAGAAAUAAUAAUAAAAAGGUGGGGAGCUGAGACAGGCUUUUAGUAUCCUGGCAAACAGCCUCAGUGCCCCUACUUGUUUGUCAACUCUGUCAAAUUCCUAAUUAUGCAAAUAUUUGCACAACUCUUACCCUUGAUAUAAUCUCACCAGAUGCAUAAAAAAUCUCCUUGUGUAGAUAAGUAUAUAAAUACUAUUAAAAAACAGAUAAAUGAGUAAGUGAAAUACCUCAGAACCAGGCGGAAAAAAAACAACAACAAAAAAUUUAGGAAUAGAUUCAAAAAAUUGCGUAAAUAAAACACACAUGCAAUCAUUUGCAUCUUUUAAAUUCCUUUAUUUUCAUGGCAUUAUGAUUUCAUGAUGUGGUUUAUAAAAACCUCAAACAUACUGUAUAAUACAGGCUGUAAAAAUGUUCAAUUUUGCUGUACCGUGCAUUUUAACUUAGGACCACUUGGAAUUCUUUGGCCUAAGCCAUCAGUUUCUCUUGAUCACUUAAGAAACUGCAGUGUUUUCAUGUCUGCAUUGGCUUCAUGUUUCAACACCAGAAAUUGCGGUUUAAAAUUGUACUAAUGCAGCUCUAAGCUACAAUUUAGUGCUAGAAUCAAACUCUGACCAUCAAGGAGUUAAUGUUACUGUAUAUCUCUGACAACAAGCUGUUUAAGUCACAUGACAGAAAUAUCAGCUUUGUUAUAAAUAUCUGGAUAAAAGAUCUAAAGGACCAAAUUAUGAGCCCUGAGGAAUCCCCAAAGUAAUAACUGCUGAGAUGAUCAUUGUAUUGCAUCAUUUGAAAGGACUCUGCUGGUUUCUAACACAUCAGCAUUAAAUGCCUUUCGAUAACAGGGCAGAUGUAGAGCUCAGAGACUGUCCUGAUAGAAGUAUUUGCAGAGACAAUCAAUUCACGCUCGUUGACAUAAAGAUUUGUCAGGGUGUGAAGUGAAAAUCUGGGACAUUUUAUUUGGAAAAACAAGCUACAUGUCCUUUACAUCAGAGUUGCAGUAUAUGGAAACCUUGGUAUUUUAUUACUCUACAGUAUACGAUUAAAAGCUGCAAAUUCACAUGUAAAGUGGAAUUUACCAUAUAAAAUUAAUGUGCAUAAUAAAUUCUAAUCCUCUGUGUAAUAUCCUUCAUUAAUUAGGGUUUAUUACAAGAUGUAUUGAUAACACAUUUUAUAAAACAAAUGCAUAAAGGAUGUCUUUAUAUCCUGCAGAAAGCUGAUGCCUGAUUGGCUGUAUAUUUUUAUCUUCCUCCUCAGCCUGAGGAUGAGGAAUCUCUCUGUCUGUAUUUCUCUUCUAAUUGGUUGCUGUUGGUCACAUGGCUCAGCCAGGCUGAGGCAGCAUUGCAUGAUAAUAACAGCGUGAUGUGCGUAAUGUGUGUGAAAUGUGUGUGUGUGUGUGUGUGUGCGCGCGUGUGAGUUGACUGCAAUGGAGUCAGACACUGCAGCCAUUACUACACACACACACACACACACACACACACACACACAGUGAGGAUGUCGUGAUGGCGUUCUCCUCGAGCUGCUCUGAAGGAUUCACGUCACAUACACAGCUCACAUAAUGCACAUGUACCAUAAUGUUGUUAUGUAAUAUCAAAAAAACACAAUUCAAUAUCAUACUCUGUUAAAGGUAUAGUAAUGUCAUAUAAUUGGAUAACAUGUGCAAUGUAAUAUAAUUUAGAUAUCAGUUUUAGGAGCGGUAAUUUGGUAUCAUGUUCUGAAUGUUCUUCUAUAGAAACAGACUAAACAACAGACCUGUGUAAUGGUUAAGAUACUGUAGAUGCUAUACGUAAACAAGCAGGUCAAACAAUCAAUGAACAUACUGUAAAAAUAUGUAAAUAUAUCCUGAUGACAGAAUGUAUCAAUACAAAUAUUGUCUUCAACCAGGUCAGAUUUAACCAUUUUAUAUGUAGGCGGUUUGAUAAGCUGCUCACUUCUCUCCUUUCCUCCUCUCCCCUCUCCUCCUCCACAUUCUCCCCCUCUCCUCUCGUCUCCUCUUCUCUCGUCUCGUCUCGUCUCCUCUCCUCUCCCAUAUUUACGCCCUCCAUCACACUCUUUGUUCCCCCUUUCUCUUCCCCUAACCUAUUAUCUCCAAACCUUGCUCCUCUUUUCUCCUCUUCACCUCCAUUUCCCUCUCCUCUCUGCUAAUCUCCUUAUAUGCUCUGUACCUCCUUUUCUGUAUUUCCUCUCUCCUUAUCUUUUCUCUUUCCUUUCUCCCUUUGCCAUAUCCUCCUCCCCUCUAUCUUCUUGUUUUUCUUUUCCCACUUUCUCUCUACUCAUCUCUUCUUCCUACUCUCUCCUUCUCUUCCUUUCCUUAUCUCCCCUUCCCCCUUCUCCCCCCUCCUGUCUUCUACUUCUUCUCUUCCUUUCCUCGCUCCUCCUUUCUUCAUUUUUCAUCCUAUCUUUUCAUAUCUAUUCUCCCCUACCUCCUCACUUCCCCCUUGUCUUGUUUCCUCUCUUCUUCUACCCUUCAUUUAACUCUCUCCUGUUCACUCCCUUUUUCUUUAUUGCCUCCUCUCCCCCAUUUAACUCUCUCCUCUUCUUCUCUUUGUAUGUGUCACCUCCUAUCUCCUAAUCUUUCUCUGCACUUUUACUCUCUUUCUUUCUCCCUUUUCUCUCCUGUGUCACCUCAUCCUGUCUUCUGUUUCCUUCCUCUUAUAUCCCUCUUUUUGCCUUUUGUUCCUCUCUUUUUCUCCUGUCUCCUUAUUGCCUAAUCACUUUUGUUAUCUUUCCCCUUCUCCUUUCACCUAAUCUUCCUCUUGCCUAUUUCCCUCCUCUAUUUUAUUGUCCUACUGUAUCUCUCCUCAUUUUCUCUCCUAAUCCCUUUCUCUCUACUUCCUCCCUCUUCUUCUCCACCCCUAAACCCUCCUCCUGUUGUCCUUCUUAAAUUGUACUUUCCUCCUCUCCUUGUCUCCUCUUAUAGGGACUUCCUCCCCCGUGGCUCUGGCAUCGUGACUCGUCGCCCCCUGGUGCUGCAGCUCAUCAACUGUCCGACAGGUGAGAACACACACAAACAGACUGAUGAUGUCUACAUUUACUUUUACCUGUAAACUAUGUACAUCAUGUGACUCAUCACUGAUCUGACAAUGUAUGUUGUUCAUUCAGAGCAUGCAGAGUUCCUGCACUGUAAAGGAAAGAGGUUCACCGAGUUUGACGAAGUUCGUAAGGAGAUCGAAGAUGAAACUGAUCGAGUCACCGGAGCGAACAAAGGGAUCAGUCCGGUCCCCAUAAACCUGCGAGUCUACUCACCACAUGGUAAUAUAUGCACCGUUUUCCUCUGAAGUCAAGCACAGGGUGGGAAGCUCACAUGCUGCUUUGAAAUUCUGCUAACAUAUUACACUUUAUGAAUUGCAGGAACGCAAAGUGUGUGUAGCCUUCCCCCAAAACAAAAUAACAAACCCCCUUGGUCCUAAUAAUUCUAUGCUAACUAUCGAUCAGUCAACCUUGUAAAGUUGUUACAAAUAAAAAAAAUGCGCCAAACAAAUCAAAUUGUUUUCUUACCAGCCUGUAAAACUUGUUGAAUUUUGCUGUAAAAUGAUCAUUCUGACUUCUGAAGCCCUUCUGAAGUGGACAUGUGACGAGCUGUAGAUUUUUUGCAUUCAAGCGUUGGCUAAAUUUUUAACACCAGCACUGGGGUCGGCAUAUGGGGUUCAAAUUUUACAGUCUACAUAUUCUAUCUGAUCUUUGGAGUUCAUCAGGGCUUUGUUUUUAGCCCCAUCUAAUUUUCCUUUAACAAGUUCCUUUGAGGGUGGAGGAUCCUACAUCUGUAACACCUCCAUCAUGCUGUGUACUUUAGAGGUAAAUUCCUAGGUAAUAUUACCUCAGACAACACAUAUCUGCUCAAUAGUCUACAUGAUUGCAUAGAUCAGUAAUGCAUGUUAAUAUACUUGAAAUGAGGUCAGACUUCCCCCAGUGUAUGUUGUCUUUCCGAUUUCUGAUUGAAUUCCAAAUGGUAAAAUAAUAAUACUUUUUAUAUUUUCUUUACUUAUAUGGAUAACAAUCUGGGAUACAGCGACUACAUUACAAAGGCAUAAACAACUGCCACUUACGACACAUAUGCUACUAUGAUUCCACGGUCACUCUUUUGGAGGGCAGGAUUCUUCUUUGAAGAGACGUUGAUCUCUGUGUAUUUGUGUCCUUAGUGCUGAACCUGACUCUAGUGGAUCUUCCGGGGAUGACCAAGGUGCCGGUGGGAGACCAGCCAGCUGACAUUGAGCACCAAAUCAGAGAGAUGCUUAUGCAGUUUGUUACAAAAGACAACUGCCUCCUAUUGGCUGUUUCGCCUGCCAACUCUGACCUCGCUAACUCUGAUGCCCUGAAAAUCGCCAAAGAAGUAGACCCACAAGGUGAGGGUCUGCACACUUCGAUCUGCAGCAUGUGAAUCCUUCUCUUACACCUCCCACACCUUCACACAUGUCAUGGGGUCCUAGAGGUUUGAAGCUUGCGACAGUCAUACCUGUACAGUCAUAAAUAGGAAAAGAGGCCCCUCACAUAUCAGCGCUCAUCCAUGCUCAUCUUGCACUUGAUUUAAAUGAAUCAUUUUGAAUAUGUGUGUCCAGGUUUGAGGACCAUUGGUGUGAUUACCAAACUGGAUCUGAUGGACGAAGGAACUGACGCUAGAGACAUUUUGGAGAACAAACUGCUGCCACUGCGCAGAGGUAAAGACACACCUUACCAUGGCAGCGAUUUGUAGUGCUCUCUUUUUAGCUGAUAAGCUGAACUUUUUAAAACCAGCAAAGUAGUUCUGGAUGUCUUUUCUCUCAAAUCUGAAUAUUUUUAAAAACUAAAUCAAAAACCAGAAGAAAUACUUAAAACAAAACAGGUCAAACCAGGACAGAAAAAGGAAAUACACAGGCAACAACAAAUGAUUUGCUUCUGAGCACAGAUAAAAAGACACUUUGUUUUAAAAUCCUCUUGCCUAGAAAUAACAAGACAAACUUUUGAUUCAGGCUGUUUUCUAAAGUCUGCAAUAAGUCUUACUUGGAACAGAAAACAGUGUUGGACUGCAGAAGCCCAGAUCUGAGCCAGAGGAGAAGUCAAAGUCUUUCAUUAACACUUGACUGAAAUAUUGGAGGAGGAAUUGAUGAGUUAGAAAUCUCAAAAAGUUUUUGGAAAUGAACAGAGCUUGGGAAUUUUAGUUUACUGAGUUCCUCCAUUAAACAGCUUUGUCAAAUAAACCAUCAAACAGCACCCUCACUGACCAGCACCAGAAUAACCAAGGCGGCUGUGGUUCAGUUGUGCCAUCCACCUGUCUGCUAAACUAAUUAUCACUACUUUGAUUAUUGUAAACCUGAAGUGUCACCACUAGCUAGUUUGGCAUCACAGCUGGAAACUGAGAGUAGUCUACGUCUUAAUAAAACUUAACAUCACCGGUGUCAGAAAGGUUGAAGAUAAACAAAAAAGAAACAGAUAGAGGUGAAAUCAGAAAGGACCCAGGGUUGAGCCCUGAGGACCUCCACAGGUCAGAUAAAACCAAAGAUCUGGCAGGCAAAGCCGUGGUGCCGUGCAAAAUAUUCAAAUAUUUUUAUUCUCAGUUGUGGAAACAAAGAAGAUGACAGACUCUGAAUUGUAUCAGGUUACAUCGGGGUGGUCAACCGCAGUCAGAAGGACAUUGACGGGAAGAAAGACAUUACAGCAGCUCUGCAGGCGGAGAGGAAGUUCUUCCUUUCACACCCGUCAUACCGUCACCUGGCUGACCGCAUGGGCACAGCUUACCUUCAAAAAAUCCUCAACCAGGUACACAAGGAUGACCCUCCAUCUAAAUUUGUUGUAUAACGGAGUAUAUCUGUUUAACACACUAUCACAAUACACCAGUUGUGACCAGAGCCAGUCGGUGAAAUAAAAUGAAAUGGCUGUCAGCAAACAAGACGGUGCUGUGGUGCGUCUUUUGUUGCCAAAGUAACAGAGUGUUUUUCUGCAACACUUAGCAACUGACCAAUCACAUCCGAGAGACGUUGCCAGGGUUACGUAGCAAACUGCAGAGUCAACUGUUGGCCAUUGAGAAAGAAGUGGAGGAGUACAAGAACUUCAGGCCAGAUGACCCAGGACGCAAAACCAAGGCCCUGCUGCAGUCAGUGCUCCAAAUACACACUUGCAUUUUACAGGCUAUACUGCAGUCUUAUACCAUAUAUACACUCUAAUAAGGCCCUAAUAGACACAGAUGUACAUAACCUCACUUCAACAGACUAAUACACACAAAAUACACACAGUCAAUCAGACCAAAGCCCUACAUUACACAAUCUAAACACAAGAUAAAUGCAACAUAAAGGUCAUAUGACCAGUUUGACAUGACACUUGCUACACAACACAACCUCAUCAAUGUGUAUGUGUCAGGAUGGUGCAGCAGUUUGCGGUGGACUUUGAGAAGAGGAUUGAAGGAUCUGGGGAUCAGGUGGAUACUUACGAGCUGUCUGGAGGAGCAAAGAUCAACCGAAUCUUCCAUGAACGCUUUCCCUUUGAACUGGUCAAGGUAAACUCUCAACACACAUACAGUGCACACGUUGACGUUUUUAAGGAGGAGCUACGCCUGUAAAAUAAAGAUUUUUUUGCCUGCUGUGACAAUCUGUGUGCGUGUCUGUGUGCCCACGCAGUUGGAGAGUGACGAGAAGACUCUGCGGAAAGAGAUCAGCUAUGCCAUCAAGAACAUUCAUGGAAUCAGGUAGGUUUAAAGCCACACUGUGUUCGGAUGUGGAUGUAAAUUGGUGUUUAUGGAAGUACAGUACCUGUGAGUGAUCCUCUCUGUGCAGGACUGGUCUGUUCACACCUGACAUGGCAUUUGAGACAAUCGUGAAGCGUCUGAUUGCUCAGAUCAAAGAGCCGUGUCAGAAAUGUGUCGACAUGGUGAUCAGUGAGCUGGUCAACACUGUGAGACAGUGCACACAGAAGGUAAGAGUGCUUUCACCGAUACUACUCUUACUGCCACUACAGCUUUACCUGCUACCACUACCUUGUCAAAGGUGGACUCUGAAGCCCACCCUGCCAAAGUCACCCAAUUGGAUGCUGGUCUUAAACAUCAAAUUAGAUGCUAAUGUCUCUAUAAAGAGUUGUAUGGGAGGUUACCAACCAAGAGUGAGAAAAAAGCAUCCAGGGGGAUGAGGCUGGCCAGACAUCACCAGAGACGGUGAGGGCUCACAGCCAGUAAACUGGAACUGUGGAAGCCAACAGAUGGACAUCGACCACAGAGACGUCCAGUGUUAUCAUAUGUGGAUUAUCUCAAACAGAUGCUGGCGCAAAAAGCGCUGGCAAGCUCGCCAGAGGCAUGGAGGAUUUGGAUGACUAGACACGGUGCUGGAGGGCUGAUCUAACAUUAUACAAUGAAGGUCCUAGUACUACAAAUAUAGAUGCCUCUACAACAAGUACAACUACUGCUUAAAUAACUACAACUUCAGUCCAAAAUAGCUGGGGCAUCUAUCAAAUUACUGAUAAAAACAGAUUUUAAUGGUUUGCAAGUCAUUCAAAGACUCUAUUUUAUUGUAACGUGUUGCAUCGGUAAAUUUUUAACCAUAUCAUCAAAAAAAAAGUCAUUUCAAAUUUAGAUGAUGGCGACACUUUUCAAGGAAGUUGGUACAGGAACAAUGAAACCCUGAAUAAAAAAAUAGCCUUUUUGUGGGUGUUAUGUACUGUUUCUUUUUACUUUGGUUAAUUUCACUGUUGCUUACUGUCAUUUAUUGAUGACAGCAGCAUGUUAUACAAAGUCUGCAGAGUGACAUUGAAAGCAACACUAACAGUAUCAUUUUAUAGGUUGAUCAUUCAGCUCUCUCUGAGGUCUCUGAUAGACCUCUGUGGAGCUUUUUAGAUUCUUCUUCUCCUGAUAUCACUAGUCUCUGGUUGUCUGAUUCAGACUGUGACCUUUAGACUCGCUGUUUUUCAACCCCGCAGUUGGCUCAGUAUCCGAUGCUCAGGGAGGAGAUGGAGAGAAUUGUCACUCAGCAUAUCAGAGAUCGAGAGAGUCGCACCAAAGACCAGGUUUGUCUAAAAACUUAGUUCUAGUAACAUGUACUGACAAAGUUGAGAAAAACUCUAGAACUUGCUGAACAAUCAUCAUGUUUUUUUGUCUUCAGUACCAGAGUAUGCGAGGGAUAGUUGACUGCUUCUGUAGAUCUGUACACAGGAGCUAGUACCAAUACAGCUAAUUUUGACAAACAGUUUGGCCAUAUAAGAAUCCAAGUUACUUGUUACUGCUGGCAGAUUUAAAUCUUUCCGUCUUACAAAAACAUCUCACACUGUCGUCAUUCUCACACAAAGUCAAUUUUCAGUCUGGGCUGAUAUAAAAAACUUAGAGAUAAUCUUUUAAGUACAAAUGUGAGAGGAGCAGACAGUUCCCAGAGACAAAGGAGCUAAUUGUGUGAAGUUUUUAUUACUGGGGUUAAAGGGUCAAGAUUAUAACUGGAUUAUUCACAUGUACAGCAGAUGAAGUAAUGACAGCCUGCCUGCCUCUUCCUCAGUUUUCUUUCUGCCAAUCUGUCUGCAGGUGAUGCUGCUGAUCGACAUCGAGUUGUCCUACAUUAACACGAACCAUGACGACUUCAUUGGCUUUGCAAAGUAAGAAACACAGACCCCUUGUUUAGCUUGUAAUUAGCCUACACUGUAUUCUGCUUUUGGAGGGGGAGAUCAGAAGAGUAGGUAGGUGUCUGGACUAAAAUGAGGCAUGUGGACCACUUUGUAAAGUAAAGCUUUAACAAACUGUGAGUUUCAUAAAAAGUUGUACAGUAGCAGCAGGGGGAGUGGGGGUCUCUGUAUCUCCUAUAGACUGUUUUUAAACCCAUAUUAAAGAUAACCUGCUCUGUCACUUGUAACCUGUCCCUGUGUGUGUGUGUCUGUGUGUGUCAGUGCCCAGCAGAAGAGCAGCCAGAUGAGCAAGAAGAAGGCAGCAGGAAACCAGGUGAGUCUCUGCAGUUGCAGGGGCUGUAGGAGACAAUGAGCACACUGAAUAAUAGGGGGGAUUAUUUUAUCAUUAUGUCCCUCUGUUCCUUUCUUUCACAUCAUCCCUUUCUCUGCUUCUGUUUCCAUGGCAACCAGGACGAGAUCAUGGUGAGUGUUUUGAAGUGUGUGUGCUUGUGUUGGCGUGUAAUGAUUGCUCAUUGGGAAAACAAUUUGAAUACAUGAAGAGAUUGACUUUGCUGAAGUGUUACACAUACAUUUGUCAGUAGUUGUCUUCAGUUUUCUUCUCUGAUAUAAUCUAGACGGGGGCAUGUAUGGGGGUUGAUGGUUUUAUGGUUCAUCCGUUUGUGUGAAGGUGAUUCGUAAAGGCUGGCUGACCAUCAACAACAUCAGCAUCAUGAAGGGAGGAGCUAAAGAGUACUGGUUUGUCCUGACUGCUGAGACGCUGUCAUGGUACAAAGAUGAUGAGGUAACGCAACACAACACAGUGACAUAAGGUGAUAGUUUGUUUGACCACCUGUCUGAACACACCUUAAGCAUGUUUGUUCUCGCUGUUGUCGCCCCCUGCAGGAAAAGGAGAAGAAGUACAUGCUGCCUGUUGACAACCUGAAACUCAAAGACAUCGAAAAGAGCUUCAUGUCCAGCAAACACAUCUUUGCCCUGUUCAACACUGAACACAGGUGUGUGUAUGUCUCUGUGUGUAUGAAUGGACGUGUAUCGUUUUCUAAGAGUAAGAGUUGAAUGUGUCAGCUAAACGACUCACUAGAUGUUAUGUGUCUCUCAGCCUGGAGCUAAAGGGAACUUGCCAUAGAGUAUCUCCCCAUCUUUACUGAUUACUGUUAGUUAUGUUGCAGAGCUGCUGAUGCUGUUGUUGUUUUCCUGCUGAAAUGUUUUCCCUUAAAUUGAACCAUGUCAAACUGACCGUUUCAGGAAUGUGUACAAAGAUUAUCGUCAGCUGGAGCUGGCCAGUGAGUCUCAGGAGGAGGUGGACAGCUGGAAGGCGUCUUUCCUACGAGCUGGAGUGUACCCUGAACGCAGCGUGGUAUAUAUUAUCACUCUGGCUACAUCACAUUUCAUUUUUAAUGCAACAUUACAGUACUAUUUUGGAGCUUUGCAGGCUUAUUACAUUAGGAAAGGGAUACUGGGGGGUUUGUCUCACUCCGGAGAGAUUCUAAUUUGCUCUGCCACCCACUCACUUAACAUUAUCUUGCUUAUUAUCCAGCCACAAGCUGGCCACAAAGAGAAGUUAACAGAAAAUAUAAAAUUAAAGAUGUUUUUAUUAAUUUAAAAAUGAUGAAUUUAUACAACUUUAAAACAGUCAGUCAGAUUCCUCUCUGGUGGGAUGAAUUAACAUUAAACUGAACAUUUAAAGUCACAGUUGGUUUCAGUUGGGCUUGUCAUGCAGCGCUCAUGUCUUGCGCCUCAAGCUGUCAUUAUCUCUCACUCUGAGACCAGUCUGAGAUGAAAUCUAGACAUAUUAUACCAGGAAGUGAAACAUACUCCUAUUUGCAGAUUUAUCGGAGGGAUCAGAUUGUACCUGCUGCUGCAUUUGCUAUUUUGAAAAUUCUUCACCGCUGUUUUGGUGUUUUGACCAUUUAGAAUCAGGUGUUCAACACAGCUGGGUACUAGUACUGUUGUUGAUAAUGCCGUUGUUUUUUGUACAUGAAUACUGAAGCCUUAAAAACUCAUUUAAGCAGUAUCACUACAGUAUCAUAAUAUUUUUUUACUGCAUUGUAAGAUAUAGUAACCGUAAUGUUAAUGGAUUGUUACUUUAUAAAUACUGAGGCAAAACAACAGCAUCAUCACUGUAGGUUACUCAAUUAUUACUGCACCAUUACUGUAUUUUUCUAAUGAUACUGAGACAUUAUUAUUGAAGUAUUAUCCAACAACUGCUAUUGUUUAUCAAUAGACGAUAACUUUGGAGUCAUGAUUUAUGUAUGACAUUUAAUGGUGUAUUCCUUAACUUUAACUACAUUUUCAGUACACUGUAUCUGAUUAAUCCUAUUUUGUACAUCUUCAAACCUUUGGAGACACUUUUUUGAUUUCUGUAUUCAUACUUUAUUUCUUCUUUCUUCUCCUGCAGGACAAAGAAAAGGUGAGUUUACUUCUUUUGUUAACGGAGUUGGGUGUUUUUAUCAGCCCAUCGGUGAACUGAUGUGUCCUUUAUUAAUGGUUGACUGUGUUUAGGUGGAGACUGAGGAGGCGAGUGGAGACGGGCAAAUCCACAGCAUGGAUCCUCAGCUGGAGCGACAAGUGGAGAUUGUCAGGAACUUGGUGGACUCAUACUUGUCCAUCAUCCACCGCACUGUCAGGGACAUCAUCCCUAAGACCAUCAUGCACCUGAUGGUCAACAAUGUAAGGGACACACAGAUGGACAUGGAUAAACACAGAGGAAGUGAUUUUAAGUGUCCUAAUAUCAUCUCUUUCUUCUUCAGACCAAGGACUUCAUCCAUGCCGACCUGCUGGCUCACCUUUACUCCUGUGGAGACCAAAACAGCCUGAUGGAGGAGUCCCAGGAGCAGGUGAGAAGAUCAGAACAGAUGGGUGCAAUCUUCUGUCAGUAGUCAUAGUUAUCAGAGGAUAAACCCUGACUCUUCCUCCGUCUGUGUCUCUCCUUCAGGCGCAGCACCGUGAUGAGAUGUUGAAGAUGUACCAUGCCCUGCGAGAGGGCCUCAGCAUAAUCGGUGACAUCAGCACCUCUACUAUCUCCACUUCAAUGCCACCGCCUGUGGACGACUCCUGGCUGCAGGUGACAGGGAUGCCAUCAGGACGCAGGUAAAUUAGCUACAGGUCAGCUGAUACAUCUAUCCUUAUUGAAUGAUCAUUAUUACUCAGUCUUGCCUGCCGAUCUCUCUGCAGGUCCCCCAUGUCCAGUCCAACCCCCAACCGCCGGGCACCUCCUGGACCUCCUCGUCCAGGUGGCCGUGCUGCCCCAUCUCGCCCCGCAGUGUCACCUGACCCUGGACCUCCACCCUCUGUUCCCUCCCGACCCAAUAGAGCACCCCCACCUGGAGUCCCAAGGUAAAACGCACACAGGUAACAGAUGCUGCAUUUAAAGUAAUGUUGAGACUGAACAGCAGCAGACUGGUGUUUCACCAGCAGGACUCUUGUUCGGUGUGCAGUGAUUUAAGUCAGCCCAGAUAAUGCAGCUCACUGUGUUGUUUUCAUUACGGAGUGAAAUUAUGGCUGCAUGUGUGAGCCUGCUGGUUUGUCCCUUUGAAAGUCUUGGUUUUAUACAACAGUGAUGGUGUUAGUUCAUUGUUAGUUCUCACACUUGGUUAACAUCGACUGUGACCCUGGAGAUGACAUCGAUAUCAUCAAUUUGAUCUUUUUUUCUCUUGAUUUCAAGAGAUCCCAUUAGAGCAGUUCAGGGACCAUUAUCAUCCCUGAAGAAAAGAUUUAACUGGCAAAAUUGACAUCUCAAAGGUCAAAACCUACAUUUACUCAAGGUCAACUCAAACAUCACCAGAACUGUUUUGAAUGUAAUUACCUACACUGUAAUGUGACCUGAAUGCAGCAUAAAUGUGGCUUAAGGUGAUUUUAAGAUGUUCACGUUCAUGUGAUAAAAAUUUAAUGGUGUCUGGUUUGGAUUAGCACAACAAAGCACUCAGCUUUGGCUAUCAUUGAGACUUUCAUCAGUAGGACAGAAACAUAAGACUUAAUUUCCAAUUUAUAUGCAGUUUCUGCAAACCAAACCCUGCACUGUUUGAAAAUUAAAUGAUGAGCUGAUGUAGGGGGAAAAUAUGAAAACAGCUAUGGUUUAAAAAAUCUGAACUGGUACCAUCACUGACUGCUGUGAUGUGUUUUUACCAAGUUGGACACCAUGUAGAGUUUUACCAGAGAGGAUCACAGGUCAUUUAAAGACAAGUGUAUUUGUUGGGUAGAGUUUCUUCUUUGCUGGUGCUGUAGAACAGAACCUGCGAUCCACAAACAACCUGCACAGACAUGGAAAAGAAAGACUGGUCUUUCUUUCCUCUUCUCUUUGCUCAUUUUCUUUCUUCCCAUCCCCAGACUUCUUCAUUCUUUCCUUUUUGUAAAGCACAACAGGUUCUCCUACCCUUGAAGGAUAAGUCCCUCAGUUUGGGAAAUCCACAGUUUCAUCUCUGUGAGCCCAGUGCAGAGAUUUUUCCAGGAUGUAUUGGCCUAGGAAGUUUGGGUAAGGAGGUGGGGGGUUGGAUAAACACAAGGUACUUAUCCUCUAAUGAGUAGUGUUCAGCAAGUUAACCAACCAAUUAGGCACCAUACAUGCGCUCCCAAUAAGUUAUGUAACCCAAAUGGGAACAGAUGGGCAGGAUGAGCCAGUACAUCACCAAGGUUUUUGAGUUGGGCACCUGCCUUCACCAGAGUUUUUAUGUUCAGCCCAUAUCACCACAGGGGGGCUUAACAAAUUAGGGUUAGGGUCCAUCCAUCCCUACUCUGACAGAAGAGGGGGAAGAACAGGGAGACGAUAAAGAGUCAACAGUGGGAUACCAGAAAGGGGACAGAAAAGUUAGAGCAAUAGUUAGAAGCUUGUGUGGGCUGCUUACCCCCAUUUCAUUAGGGGAAGAGAGGACAUAAAAAGGAGAGGAGGGAAAAAGGUUUAAGUUUUUAAACUGUUAUUUGAAACAUGAGGAAUACUUCUGUCAAACAGCAUCCAACUUUUCCCCAACAGCAGCAGAAAACUGUGAGGCCUAGGCCAACAGUUUCCAUCUACCUACCAUGUUUAUGCUAGGCUAGGCAACAAAAACAUCCUAGAUCGCCUUGGUACUUGAUACACAGAGGUGAAACUGAUACCACUAAUGGAAUUAUGUGACAGCAUUUCAACAUCUACCCGGAGCCAUGUCUGUCUGUUUGUCUGUCUGUUCACAUGUUUGUCUGUCUUUGUCUGAUGGUUUUCUUAUUAUGAUCCAUCUGACUGUCUGUCCACAUGUGUCUCUUACUGUCUACUUGUCUCUUUAACUCUCUCUGUCUGUCUGUUUGUCUGUCUGUCCUCUUUAUUGUCAUCCUUUCUCUCUGCCUCUUUAUCAAACUGUCUGUCUGUAUGUCUGCCUGUCCAGUGUCUGUCUAACCAUCUCUCUAGCUGCCAGUCUGUCUGGGUACCUGCCUGUCUGUCUGUCUGUCUGUCUGUCUGUUUGUGUGAUCCUGUUCUAACAGUACCUUUUAAGGCUAAACAGGAAGCUCUCAGGUGUGUGAGUGUCAGAGCGGGUGACCACGCCCCUUAACCCGCCCCCUCAUAUUGACCAUAUAUGGUUAUUUUUUCAGAAUCUCUAUCAGUGACCAGUGAGGAGUUCACCAAUGGUACGUCAGCUGUCUAUGUGAUGUCACUGUCUCUCAUGAGCUCUGUUUGUGCCUCAUCACCCAAUCAGAUUGCUGUCCUCGCCAUGUGACCCCGCCCACUACCUUAACAUUUUUAAUUGGCUGUGUAAUCAACAGCUCCAUCGCCCGAUAACUGAUUGUCUGUCUCUGUCUGUCUCUCUUUGUCUGUCUCUUGUUUUUAUUUGUUUUUAUUUUGUCUGUGUGUGUGUGUUGUCUCCAGUCGGAGGGCUCCUGCAUCUCCAUCCCGACCCUCCAGACCAGACUCUGACUCCUUCCUCUAAAAUACAUUCACACAAUAUACACAAAAACAAAACUCACACAAACAAGAUAAACACUGCAAUACGCACAGGUUACCUCAUAAAUGGGGAUCCAGCUUGUUUAGACAUCAUGGUCACAAAUAUUUCACAUGUUGCUUCAGCCCUCGUCAGAAACACCUCUGAACCACCCUCUGCAGGUCCCGACCACUUCAUGUACAUACUUGUUUUAAGACAGAACCAGCUGGUCUCAUCUGUCGAGGCUGGUUGUUAUCAUUUUCCACAAAUUGUUUGCUCCUGUUAGCACAUGUUACCGCUGAUCCCAGCUAUGUCAGACAAGUUCUUACUGGUUCCAGCUGGUUGUAACAUGUCUAUAGUGGUUCCAGUUACUUAUUAUUGGUUCCUAAAGCUUUUUAUGUGUUCUAAAAGGUUACUUAGCUGGUCCCAAAUGGUUCCUACCAAUUUCGAGCAAUUGGGUUCAAACUACCACCAACUGUUUAAGGUGGGGCUGUUUGCAGGAUUCAACAUAUUGAUAUCUUUUUUUAAUGGUUCAUGGUUCUAAAUGGGCUGUUCCUGGCAACCAGGUGUUGGUACCUACUGGUUUCAGCUUGUUUAAACUGGUUACUAAUAUUGCCACAACUCCUGCUUGGUCCAACUGGUUUCAAGCUUUUCAAAGCCAGUUGAUUCCGAAAUUUGUACAUUGGUACAAGCUUGUCCAUAGUGGCUCUGACUUAAUUAAUUCAGACGUCCCAACCAGCCUCAGCUUCUUCCAUUUGUGUCCAGCAAAGUAAAUCUGGUUCCAACUGGCCCCAUUAGGCUUUAUCUUGUUACUUGUAGUUCCAGCUGGUUCAAAAAAGGUUUUCUGUUUUCAAGCAAGGUUUGUGUCAGUUUCACCAAGAUCCAUCUGGGUCAAUACCUACCACAGGUUUAACAUACAGUACAUGUGUUUUCUCAGGUCACUUCAUAUCAAUACUGUUAUCCAUUCUGUCAGUCAGACAGGCAAUCACAGUUGGUGGAGAUUCUCAAGAGAUUCAGGGUCUCCUACCCUCUCUCUGGACUUUUCACCAGGUAUUUGACCCAGUUUAUGUUAACCCUUAUGAUAUACGUAUCUAAUAACAACCUGGCAAUAAGGUUCUAGUUCUAGCUUCACUGCAGAAAAAAACAAAAUAUAUUGUGUUUUAUCUCCUGCAUCCGCACAAACUAUGCAGGGUUGCACAUUUGUGUAAAACAAUAUUAUACAAACUAAACAAUGUAACGGUUGUAAAUAGCGAGAAAAGUCCCUAAAAGAGAUUCCGUGCUAGUCUUCCUAUGUGGUGUACAGUAGCCAUCUUCUUUACUGAGGAAUGGAUGGAAGUUAUUCACUGAGAGAUACAGUACAGUGGUGACCUUGUUUUCCAGUCACCUCAGCAGGAUGAUCUUAGUAUGUAUGGUGUGAGGACCUCAGGUUUGCUGGUCAAUUCAAAGAGCCAACAUCUACAGUUGGACUAUUUUCAGCAGCAGAGCUACAGUCCUAAAAGCAGAUUAGAAAUCAGGUCCUAGCUUUCAAAGACCUGCUGUUUUUAAGACACAUAAAGUUGUAUGUCAUCAGCAUAACUGUAAAUAUUUAUUGAAAUGACAGAAUCUCCCCUGUAUUAUUGUACCCCACUUGACUCUACUGUAAACCAUUCGUGUGCAACAUUUUUCUGUAUCCUACUCCUCUGUAACCUGUUCUACUUUGCCCUUCUCUACCAAAUCUUUAUUUUGCUGCAACCUGCUGUACCCUACCCUACUGUGUCCCCUCCACUGUAGCCUCUUCUUCUACACCUAUUCACCCUCAUUUAAUAAGCCUUGCUUUACUGUUCCCUCCUCUACUGCCACCUUGUCUACUUUAUCUCUCUUACUAACAUCCCCAACUAAAACUAUACCCCACUUUACAGUUUCUUUCUCCACUUUACCUACCUCUUUUGUACCCUAGUCAUAGGUACCUUCUCUAGGAUCACUCCCUUUGACUGCAUCCUCAUUUACUGCAUCCCAAUCUUCCAGUCCUUGCUCUGUUGUACCCUACUCUUUUGUUCUUCAGUGUACCCGCUGUUCCUUAUCCACUGUACCUAACUGUACUCUACCUUUCAUCCCUUUAUUAAACCUCACUUUUCCUUACCCUGCUCACUCCUGACCUUCUACUCAGUACCAUCUUCCAUGUACCCUUUUUCUAACACCCAACUUUAAUUUAUCCAGCUCCAUAGCAUGCUUCUCUACCCUACCCUCAUGUUCUGUACCCUUCUCCAACUCGUAUUUUGCUGCAUCUAAGGUCUCAUUCAUACCAGAGCUGUUGGUCCAAUUUAGAUGAACAAUGGUCUACUUUACCAAGUAAUCCUGUUCCAUCUGAGUGGUAUGAAAGCUCCAACAAAUGAACUCUGGUGCGGACCAAACAAUUUAACUCUGGCACACUUUAAAAUGGCGGUCUCAGUUUGCUACCAAGUGGUGUGGUUUGUUUAAGUUGUAAGAUUGAAGCAGACCACCUUGUAAACCAAAGGAAGCAGGUGGCAUGGAGUGUAGAGCAUAUCUGUAUCAGAACCUAGCUUUGCAUCUGUUUAAGCAAAACAACAAGUCGUAGUCUCCUGGUCUUCUCCAGGCUUGAUGUCUUUGUACUGGUUCAUUUAGUCUCAUGUAAAGAACAACAGCUCUCUGCCUCGCCUGAAUACUUGGCACCUAUAAUGCAUUCAUUAUAUGAACACCAAAGAAAAUGCAGAAACCCAGGGCUGCAGAAACUUAGUGUUGUUCUAUUGUUGCUGUGGGGAAUACGCCAACAAAAGGGGAUAUCAGUUCUGUUCUGACAGAUAGCUGAGCUGCUUUCUUCUUCUUCAUCUCUGUCUUCCUACGCUCAAGUGUUUGUUGGGGACAUUACCACCACAAAUGAGCAGCUGUCAUGAUCACGUGACAUUGUGCACACGGUUUGGCAAAGUGAAAGCAAGCCAAACUUCCUAAAAGUGCAACAAUGUCCUGCAGACCAUUAUUUGUGAAAGAGACUUGCCUCUAGUUUCUCCAACCUCACCCAACUUCACUGUAGCCAUCUCUUCUGUACCAUUGUAUCCUUCUUAACUGUACCCUCUUCUUUUGUGCCCUUCUCCACUGUAACCUACUGCUUGGUACCCUCUUUGUAUGUACUAUCUUUUUCUAUACCUUGUUCCUUUGUACCGUCCUUUACAGCACUCUUUGAUGCUAUCCCCUCAUUAUAUCUUCUUACAUUUAUUCCACUCUAACCUUUUUUGUCUGUACCCUCAUCUUCUCUUCUCUUACUACCAUACCCUCCCUCCAAACCUUGCCCUACCUUCUGUACAUUCCUACUACUUCAUACUCCACUGUCUCCUCGUUUUGUGUGUACCCUACUCAGAUGUAACCUCCUGUAUAAUACCACUACGCCAUUGCACCUUAUCCCACUGUACCUUAUCCUUCUCUGCUGUACCUUAAUUGAAAUUAUAGCACUCUUUUGUUUCAGAUUUAGCUUCUACCUUCUCCUCUAUACACAACUCCACUUCCCAUUAUCUGAUUGUUCUGUGUUAAUAUGUAGUGUACCAGCCUGCCGUUUUCUGUAUUAUUCUGUGUAUCUUCUCUAGAAUCUCCUGUUAACAUGUUCUGAGUGGUACUCAAACAGAAAUAGCUGUUUAACAGCCAUGAUCCUGUCUGCUUUGUUUGGUUUCUGUCUCUGACUGGUUUCCACAUGCUAUAACUGGUUCCCACAGGUACCAGCAGCAUGGCACAUUGACGAAUUCCCCUCCUACCCUUGAAAAACCCUCCUGCCUUUUUGUUUUUCUGUUAAAUUCACUGUUUUUCUCCUCUUUUCUUUUCUCUUUGUUCAUGUUCGUUUAUGUCGUUCUUCCCCAGUCGUCCCAAUAAAGGUAGCCCCGCCCACGGAGAGAGCCCCCAGUCUUCUAUUGAGGGUUAACCUGAACCGAGUGUGUUUGUGUCUCUACUGAACUGUUCUACUGUUCUCUACUGAUGCUGUGUUACUGUGAACCUUACUAGUAAUAAUGAUAAAAUUAUAUUGAUUAUCAGCACAUUAUGACUAUAUAGCAAAUGAUCAGCAAAACACUUCUGCAAUAUUGAGUGUAUAGAUAUGUUGUCCAGCUCUCUGUCUACUGUAAGGAGGAAGAGACAGUCCAGAUGCCUGUCUCUCUGCCUCCUCUCACUGUCUGUCAUAUCACAUCAAAAUGGCAGUGAUAGAAACAUGAUUUAUCAGCUACUAUCAGGUUUAUAACAUACUGUAGAUCGUAGAAGACUCAAGUGAUGCUGUAGAAGUCAAGAUCUUCUCUGGACAUUCAGGCUGCUCUGGGAUCAGACCCGACUGCAUAUAGGUAGCUGGUUAGAAACUCUUCUAGCUGCAUCAACUCCUGGAAAAGAAUAUAUAUUUUUUUCUAUUAUCCUUUUAUUUAUUUAUUUAUUUGUAUAUUUAUUUAUUUAACUCUUAUGUGUGAAGCUGGUGGACUCAUCUGAUUAAUGCUGGAAUGUUGCAACUUUUCUUUACAGUGUAAAGUUUACAGAUUAUUUUUAACCUAUGUAUUUAUUUAUCUAUUUAUUAAUUUAUCAAUUUAUUUAUUAUCUGCUGUUCUGAUUGAUAUGGCAUUAUUUAUGUUAACUGUUAUCUUGUUCGCUCAAUGUUUCCCACCAAAAAUAUACAGUGUUGCUAGCUUGUGCCCAUUUUAACCAAUGGUCUUUGAAUCCUCUGCACUCUGUUUUAGUCCUGUCUUAUAAAUUUUGUCACGUCAUGUCGGGGUCAGACUGCACAGUCUUUAUGUUUGUUACGAUCAUCAGUAUGUCAGAUUAGACGAUCACAGAGCAGUAAAUUCUUGCUUUAACUUAACUGACACACAUGACAGACUACACAAUGGUACAGAUCAACCAUCGCAAUCGUUUGGGAAUGCCAAUUUUGUUGUUACCAGAGGUUCACGAACUUUCCUCUGACUUAUAGUUCCAUCUAUCAGUGCAACUUGUGCGGUGAUUCACAUCCUAGAAAGCAGAACAGAUCAAACGUGCUUGAUUGUCUGUGGAGAAGUACCUUAUGUGGCCUUACUGAUUGUUCCCACUACAUAGGAAACAUACAAGACGCUCCAUCUUUAGGUAUACUCCUGCUCAUACUGUGCAGUCUGACCUCUGCAUUAAUCUAGCUCUACCUGGUCCAAAGUGGUUCCAGCUGGAUCAAGCUGGUUCCAACCAGUACUGACUGAUACAGAUACAACCAGCCUGAUCUUAAGAAGCUUUAUCCUUUAUGGUGCCAACUAAUUUAGAUUGGGUGUUACUGGUUCCAGCUGGCUCCUAAUGAACGCCUUUGGCUCUGACUUGUUUCAGUGAGUUGUUACUGGCUGCAGCUUGUUUGGACUUGAUUUGAGGUUAGCUGCAAAUUGCUAAUAACCAUUUAAUAUCCAAAAUCUGUAACUAUAUGCUUGAGUCUGAUAGUUCCAGAUUAUUUCCAGUAUAAUUGGAGAUGCUGACAUGUUGGAUUUUAUUAAUUAAAUCCAAGAACUGUGGGGUAAACUGAGCAGAAAUGCUUAUACAGACUUUUAACUACAGAGUUUUUGAACUUUUGACAGCAAACAGUCUCAGAAAUGAUCCAAAAACUGUAAAUCUAAUGUGAAACAAUAGAUGUCUGUCAUAUCCAAAGGUUUUUUCUCAAGUUUCUUUGAUUUUGUUUGAUAUGUUCUGAACUGGAGCUUUAUUUCUUAGUGUUUUUGAAAGCUGCUUAUGGAGGUCUGAUGACUGACUCUGGGGGAUGAGAGUGUUGUAAAGGGAAUUUACGGCAGCCAGCACUUUGACCUGCAGGUUUGAUAGGUCUUAAUGUUCUUCAGAGACACACCAGCUGUUAGAUUUUAUGGUUUGACUGUACGCGAUGAUUCGACUGAACAACAGACUGUACAACUCUAUAACUGCUGAUCUAUUUAUUCAACCUGUGUACGUGUAUAAUGUUCAUGAUGUAGUGAUUAUGUCGACUUAGCUGAGCUCUGAGCUGCGUUCAACACAACACAUGCUCCACUGUGUCGGCAGAGCGUGUUUGUGGCUGUGAAGUGUCUUCAUGUGUUCAGGUUGCUGUCAGCAUGGUAGUGAUACUCUGAUUUCAAGUAGAGAUGUUUUUGAAUGUUUUGUAAUAAGCAGUGAAGUGUUGCACAUGUUGCUCUGCAGCAGCAGUGUGUUGAACGCAGCUCGGCCUCACACAAACACACACACACACACACACACUUGUGAUCGUGGGUAGUUCACUCUGUAUGAUAUCAAUAUAAAUGUAAUGUUUACAGAAUAUAUGAAGAUAAUGAUGAACCAUAUGUAUGUGAGAAAACAUCUAUAUAUAUAUAGAUUUAUUCAACUGAAAUAUGCAGCGGCCCAGACUGUGGUGUAUAUGUGUGUAUUAGUGUGUAUGUAUGUGUGUAGUUAUGUUGUGUAUCUUAGUGUUAUGUGAUCAGGGCCAACAGAGAAGUGUUAACGUGAAUAAAGUUUGAGUGAAUGAAGAAAACAAU